AUGGACAGCAGCACCAUCGAUCGAACGGAAGAAGACAGCCACCAAGAAGCAUCCCACCGAGAAGAGGAAGAUCACCUGGUAUCUCGCUGGAACAGUCAAAAGACGCCUGCUUUUCCAUUGCCGUUGGGUUUGGUUUCGCCCAAGUUUCCCAAGCGACAAGUAUCGGCUGGCCUCAAAAUGUCGUCGUCUCCCGACCGAGUCAAUGAACCAAUAGUGGAAGGUUGUGCGGAUGCACCUCCAUUGCCACCACCGUGUCCCCUUGGCACCCGCAACAGCUGCCCACCCAGGAUCCCCAUGAGAAAAGAAUCCGUUGGGAUGCCAUUGGUGCCCGAUGUCGUUGGUGCUAAAAAGCCCAUCUUUCCCCCACCAUUAUCCAAGAUCCAGAACCCUCCCAAAUACCCCAUUCGACAAGAGUCGGUUGGGUGCAAACUGCUGUCCGAUUCCACUCAUCACCGCCGAGCAAAUAUCUACCAGAGCACCCGAUCUCCGUCCAUUUCGCCCGACAGGAGAAUCCGAAGUCAAGCAGCCUAA